GCUGAUGUGACCAGCCUGCUCUCCAAUGCCAACCCCACAACCACCCUCAGUUGCUUUUGGGCAGCGCUUCUGGUUUCCCAGGACGGUCCAGACCUAGAGCGGCGGAUCUGAGGCCAAAUUCUGCAGAUGUUCAUCUAUAUAAUUCUAUAGAGGGUUUCCAGCACUGAAUUCAUUCAACCAUGGGCAAGGAAAGUAUGCCCAUUGUUAAGUAUCCCAGGACAGUUGACCCUCUUUGGUAUGAAUGGGAUAGGAAGGCCCAGAAAUGUGGACUAAGGCACACCGUUUACGCGGUCAAUGGCGAUCGGUACACUGGCGAAUGGCUGGACAACCUAAAACACGGCAAGGGCACGCAGACAUGGAAGAGGACAGGGGCCAUCUACAGCGGAGACUGGAAAUUUGGAAAACGGGAUGGAUAUGGGACAUACAGCCUCCCUGAUCCCAUCACAAAAGACUACAAGAAAGUCUACUCGGGUUGGUGGAAGAAUGACAAAAUGUGGGGAUACGGAAUAAAAUUUUACUCAGAUACGGAGUAUUACGAAGGGGAAUGGGCUGUUGGGAAGAGAAGCGGCUGGGGCCGAAUGUACUACAAGGACGGCUCCAUCUAUGAAGGCCAGUGGUCUGAGGACAAGCCAAGCGGGCAAGGCAUGUUCCGCCUGAAAAAUGAAAACCGGUAUGAAGGCUCCUGGAAGGACGGAAAGAGGCACGGUCCAGGGAAGUUCAUCUACUUGGACACGGGGCAACUUUAUGAAGGCUACUGGGUGGCAGACAUUCCCCGUUGCGGAACCAUGAUUGAUUUUGGCCGUGACGAAGCCCCUGCACCAACUCAGUAUCCCAUCCCAAAGGUUGAACUAGCGGACCCAGAGGGUGUGUUGGAAAAUGCUAUUGUGUUGCUAGAAAAUGCUGAAGAAGCAAAUUCUCAGCCUCAGAAGGAACGAUGACGGCUGACAAUCCUGCCCUCCAAAGCUGGGGUUCCUUCCCGUUGAAGGCUGAGCAGCAAUGCACAAAGAGUUCUUUCCCAAGAGAUUCCCAAGUGUUCCCAUUGUGAUCCCUUCUCUGUUCCUGGUUAUGCAAGAGCCCCUUUGCUCUCUAGUUUAGCAGCUGCAUCAACACAGAGGGAAGAGGGACAUGGUAGAGACCUUGUGAGUUCAAAAAUACAAGAUACCACACAUUU